CGGGAUCAGCCGUGGACCACACGCACACCCACCUCGCAGCGCUGCGCCCACGGCACGCAGCAACAUCCUUCUUUUCGCCGCUCUUGCUCUUCGGGCAGUUCCGCCCGGUCCCGGUGGCCCAGCUGUUUUGCUCCGUGCCGUCGUUCCCCUUUUCCCGCUGGCUGCCUGACCGGCCGCUCGAAAGAUGUUCCGAAUUGGAUUAAAAUUUCCGUGCAACGGUCUGAAUCGGGUCAAAAAACAGGACUGUUCCAGGCUACAUCUGACUGCCAGGUACUACGAGUCGUGGGCACGCUUCAAGUACGAGUCGGAUGGAAGGCUAUCCAGGGAUGUCAGGUUUAUAUCCAGGAUUACUGGCCCCAAAUAUUCCACAACACCAUCAAAAAGUGACAAGAAAGGGGGCUCGGGCACAUUGAUAACUCUAGGGGCUGUAACAAUAGGUACCUUAGGAAUAUUAACGUACGCCAAAAACGAUCCAGAGGUUCGAGCUACCCUCGAAGGAUGGAUUCCUGGCACAGACAAAGCUAUCCGGAUUAUCUUCCAGGAAGAUUCCAGUUACUUCGACGUUGUACUUACAUUUUUUGGAACGUUGAAGCAAACGAUAUUGGACAUGUUCAUCAAGGAGACAUCAGAAUCAGAAUCAGCGCCCAAGUCAGCUUUUAAACCGUUGGUUGAACAGAAAGAAGCACCUAUUAACAAGAAUUCUGCCGACAUUCGUGUUAGUAAAGAGAAGCGUGAGAAAGUAGAUGUUGUGAUUGAGAAGCCAGCACCGCCUCCUAAACCUGUACGCGAUGAAUUGGUACCCCAAAAUCUCAUCGAGUUGGAAACGUAUUGUGGCGAAGCUGCUGCUAAAGCUAUUGCGGCUUAUCACAAUGCCGUGCACGCGCUUCAGGAAUACAAUCGCGAUGUUGUCAAAGUAGUUGAAAGUGCUGGCACUACGAUAAGUGGAGUCGUCUGGCAGAGGUUAAAGGAAGCAACAGAAAAGAGGAAACAAACCAUACAACAGGCAGAAGAACAUGCGAAAGAUGCGUUAGAUUCGCUUAAGAGCAUGUACAAUCGAAUCGAUGAACCUGGGCUUGAAGCAGCCGCUCACAUGAAAACAGCCGCGAGGCGGAACAUUAGAAAAAUUAUGGAUGAUGUGGACGAAGCCAAGAAAAAAUAUACUGAAGAGCUGCAGAACAGUAACGUCUCAGAGCGCUACUGGAAGCAGGUUCAGACAGCGCGGGAGAACUUCAACGAAGAAUUGCAAAUUCUAUUUCCCAAUAUAAAUAUUCAUGAUAAGAAGUUGUCUGUCAGUGAAGAAGCCUUCGAUUUAUUCGUCCUGCAUAUGUAUCACAAAGUUAACAAUCUACAAAAGGAGUUGGAGAAAUUAAGAACAGUCAGUGAAGUUAAAGUGAAAGCGGCAUUGAGGACGACGGGUGAGGACACAACUCAAGAAAAGCUGGAUGCGCUGAUUAACCUCGCGACUAACCAGGAGAGACUGGAACUUGAAGAAAAGCACUCAAAACAGCUGCUGACGGAGCAGAAGAAGUUCGACGACGAGAUGCGGCGGCAGCUGAAAUUGCAGUCAGAGAUACACGCCGAUCAUCUUCGGGAGGCACUUUCGGUCAAAGAGCAGGAAGCGCAAAGGAUGCUGCAGCGCGCGCUCAACGAGCAAGCCGACGCCAACUCCAUAAAGCAUAAGACACAGCUCGCGGAGGUAGUUGGAAGAUCACGUGCCAUCACGGUGGCUCUUAAAACACGCUUGGAAGAGGAGAAGGGUGCGUCGAAUGUACAAAUUCUUUGGGCGGCCUGUCAAGCCUUGGCUAGGACAGUAAAAAUCGCGCCACUGGGUGCACCAAAGGAUAAAGCAAUUAAACCGCUGGAACCCGAAAUUAAGGCCGUCUCGAAGGCAGCACCGAAGGAGGAUCCCCUGGUGUGCGCCGCAAUUCAAAGCAUUCCCGAGGAGGCGGCCAAGAGAGGCGUGUUCCCGGAGGAUACCCUCCGUGAGAGGUUCCUGAAGGUAGAGAGCGUGGCAAGAAGAUUAGCCAUGGUGCCUGAAGGCGGUGCAGCUCUGCCUAUAUAUCUUCUUAGCUAUCUUCAAAGUUUCUUGAUCAUCAAAACGGCCAAUUCAAUUCCGAAAAGGGAGCUCGAAGACGAGCCAAUCGACGUAGACUCGCUGAAUACGUACGACAUACUCCAACGUGCCAGAUAUUGGUUGGAUCGCGGCAACUUUAAAAUGACCCUGAGGUACAUGAAUCUGCUGAAGGGUGCGCCCAGAAGCGUCGCCAGCGACUGGAUGAACGAGACUAGGAUCCUAUUGGAGACGCAGCAGGCAAUCGACACCCUGCUGGCGUACGCAGGUGCAACCGGUCUCGUAUAUCUCGGCGCCGGUGAUCCCGCCAAGAAGUAAGGCGGGCGGAGCGUAGAAAAUUGUCCCGAACCACGAGACGGGGGCGUCCAUAGAAGAACGGGGCGGGGGUGACGGAGGGAAAACAGGGAGAGAGACAGUGAAGAAAACAGUGAAGGCACGAAGAACACGGAGAUAUCGCUGCCAGUCUUGUAUAGUCAACAUUAUCUUUUCUAGCAAUUAAAAAAAUAGAAAUAUCGUGUGCCGGGAGAGGCGAAUACACAGUGAGACGCUUUUCUUUUUCCUAUCGUUUGCACGCAAAUAUACUUCCACGCGCGUUGAGAUGCCGCCUUCGGGGCUCGAUUUAAAUUUUUCAGUGGGACACACGCGAAGAGGGAGUUUUAAAUAACUCGGAUAGAUUUCGAGUGUGCCGUUGAGCGGAACAGUGAUACGAAAUUUAACGUGGAAUACUUUGUCUGAUAAUCGUUUUUAAUUAAAUAAACAUGUUAUCUGACAAAAUUUGCUUCUAUUAUUAUCAAAGUAGUCAUCGCGCGCAAAAGUCGACAUGUGUCAAACAUUCAUUUUCAUUCAUCGCUAUUCCGCGCAACGGCUUCAAGUAACGAAUCGCGAUGGAGUAGAAAGCGAUUACCGGACGCAGUGUAAAUACCGAAUGCAUUCUUACUUUAAGGACGGCGGUAUGAAAAAAAAGCGUUCAAGCGCGUUUAUCCCACAUUUAUCGCAACGCGUACGCACGAAUAUUUAAAUUAUUAUUUGCGAUUGUGCGACGCGCGGCCAGUCACAUCUCGCACGCGUCUCGCACGCAUUGAUCUCGCCGUUUUGUCGCGCUUGCAUUUUCGACGAUCACCCGAUGCGCGUGCAUUCGGCGUACUCUCCUCGUCCUGAUCCAUCUAUCCACCCAUCCAUCUACCUAUCCAUCCAUCCAUCCAUCCUGAGUUGAGUACCUUUUACUUUAGAACCGGAUAUUACUCUCUCCCGCGCGCCGUACUCUCGUCGCUCGUACCGCAUCGAUCGCCGCGCGUGUCGCGUGCCGUUACCUCGUCUUUCGCCUCUCACUUGAGACCUCUUCGCUAUUUCGAACGGGACGGGGAAGCGUGCUAGAUAUCAUUGUAAAAAUUGGAAAUAAAAUUGUUUUUCGUGACGAAA